AUGUGUUCCGUCCCUAUCAAAAUUCUAAUAGCUGGCAUAAUAAAAAACUGCUCAUUUGAAGAUGAGCUUCAUAGUGAACUUUUCAGCAGGGGCGUUGGUUUGCUCGAUGCACUUUUAGUUCCACUUUGUGGUCCAGAAGAUUGUAUUGACAAAGAAGACCGUGCUAUAUUGCCUGAAUCUGUUCAGACUAUAACUGGGAGCUCCCAAUUUUCUCGUUUGUUUUCCACUGAGUUGUAUCUUACUAUUUGCCAAACAUUUUUGCAGUUCUGCUCCACCAGUCACGGACGAACAUUUCUUCGGUCCAAUGGAGUUUAUUUUAUUUUGCGUGAGUUACACAAUUAUAUAGCAAAAGCCGAAGAACAAACACAAUGUCCUAAAACUGAUGAAGCAGUUACAAACAAGGAAUUAUUAUUUUGCAUCGAACAAGUAGUAGAUCAACUCAUUUGUGAGGAAAGUGAACGUGAUGAGCGCUGUGCAAAAUCCAGUCUUAGAGAAAUAAAUAUUGACGCAGAAACUAAAGAGAAACUUGAUAGAGUGAAAAAAGACUAUUUGGAAUGCAAGUAA